AUGAAAAAGGGUUGGUUCAAUUCGAUCUUGUCUAAAAAAGAGUUAGAACACAGAUACGGGUGUGGAUUAAGUAAAUCAAUGGACAGUCUUGGUCCUACUGAAAAUACCAGUACAACGGAAGAUCCGAGUCUAAAUGAUACAGAAAAAAACAUUCAUAGUUGGAGAAAUAGUGACAGUUCUAGUUAUAGUAAUGUUGAUCAUUUAGUUCGUGUUAUGGACAUUCGGAAUUUCAUCUCUGAUACUCUUUUUUUACUUAUAGAUAGUAAAGGGGACAGUUAUUCCCUAUACUUCGAUAUUGAAAAUCAAAUUUUUGAGAUUGACAACGAUCCGUCUUUUCUGAAUGAACUGCAAAGUUCCUUUUCGAAUUAUUGGAAUUCAAGUUAUCUGAACUCUAGAUCUAAGAGUGGCGAUACUUAUAAUGAUCAUUCCAUGGAUUAUACUGAAGAUAGUUGGAAUAAUCACAUUAAUAAUUGCAUUGACAAUUAUCUUCAUUCUCAAAUCCGUAGUGGCAGUUCCAUCCUAAGUGAUAGUGACAAUUACAGUGAUAGUUACAUUUUGAGUUACAUUUUUAAUGAAAGUGGAAAUACCAGCGAAAGUUUCAGUAAAAGAAUUAUCACGAACGACAGUAAUUUCACUAAAAUCGAAAAUUCUACAAAUCUUGAUGGAACUCAAAAAUAUAAACAUUUGUGGGUUCAAUGCGAAAAUUGUUAUGCAUUAAAUUACAAGAAAUUACUUAAGUCAAAAAUGGGUAUUUGUGAACAAUGUGGAUAUCAUUUGAAAAUGAGUAGUUCAGAUAGAAUCGAACUUCUGAUUGAUCCUGGUACUUGGAAUCCUAUGGAUGAAGGUAUGGUCUCUAUGGAUCCUAUCGAAUUUCAUUCGGAGGAGGAAGCUUAUAAAGAUCGUAUUGAUUCUUAUCAAAUAAAUACAGGUUUAACUGAAGCUGUUCAAACAGGUAUAGGUCAACUAAACGGUAUUCCUGUAGCAAUUGGUGUUAUGGAUUUUCAGUUUAUGGGAGGCAGUAUGGGAUCCGUAGUAGGGGAAAAGAUCACCCGAUUGAUUGAGUAUGCUGCCAAUAAAUUAAUCCCCCUUAUUAUAGUAUGUGCUUCCGGGGGGGCACGCAUGCAAGAAGGAAGCUUGAGCUUAAUGCAAAUGGCGAAAAUCUCGUCUGUUUUAUAUGAUUAUCAAUCAAAUAAAAAGUUAUUUUAUGUAUCAAUCCUUACAUCUCCUACUACUGGUGGGGUGACCGCCAGCUUUGGUAUGUUGGGGGAUAUCAUUAUUGCUGAACCGAACGCCUACAUUGCAUUUGCGGGUAAAAGAGUAAUUGAGCAAACAUUGAAUAAGACAGUACCUGAAGGGUCACAAGCAGCCGAGUUUUUAUUCCAUAAGGGUUUAUUCGAUCCAAUCGUACCACGUAAUCUUUUAAAAGGCGUUCUAAGUGAGUUAUUUCAGCUGCAUGCUUUUUUUCCUUUGAAUCAAAAUAAAGGCGAGGAUUAA